AUGGAUGACUUGACCUCAGCCCGUGCGAUCAUUGCCGGAGCUAUAAAUUGCAAUACUUCUCCUAAUGCUUAUUAUGAAGGAAGAUCAGACCGUAUUUCGAGGAAUUUGAAGGACUGUCUUGAUAAGGUUAUUACCUCAAAAGACUUAUACAACAACCUCAUUCCAAAGAGAAGGAGAAAUAACGAUAACGAGGUUAACUUCUUAUUAAUCAAUGAUAAUAGUAAUGUGGAUAGAAUUGGUGAUUUGCCUGAUGAUGUAUUGUUGCACUUGUUAUCUUUUGUGGACAUGAAAUCAGCAGGAAGAACUAGCCUUGUUUCCAAAAGGUGGAGAUAUGUUUGGACUUACUUACUUGAUCUUGAUUUCGAACACCCUGAUUUUCACUUGAUUCACCGCCCUAAAACGGUUUGCAGACCAUCGUAUAAUUAUCAACUUAAUAGAUAUUGUAAAUGGGUUAAUCAGGUUAUGACUGGAAAUCGUGCCUCGUAUCUGACUACUUUUAGAAUUCAUUUUCCUCUUUAUGGAUCGUAUACCACUAAUAUUGAUAAGUGGAUAGCUAUGGCAUUAAGCAAAAAUGUAAGCAACUUGGAGUUGAACUUGUCAACUCAAAAUGGUCACCCUAUUAUGCUCAAGAAUAGUUACGUAAUCCGGCAGGAUUUUCUCUCCAAUAAUAAUGCGUUGAAAACUAUCCACUUGGAAGCAUUGGUAGUUGAGGGAGAUGUGGUUGAAUAUGUUUUGUCGAAUUGUCUCAAUCUUGAUCGUCUAACCGUCAAGAAUUGUGAGUUUUAUUUGUGUGGAUCGGUGGGGAUUUUUCCUAAAACACAAGUUGUUGUUUCCUCCUAUAAGUUGAAGCAUUUUGAGUUAUCUGGGUGCAACAAUAUUAAAUCAAUCCAGAUUUCAGCUCCAAAUCUUACUUGCUUUAAAUUCUUGGGUAUCAAACAAGAGGUACAAUAUCAUAGUGUUUCGGCACUUGUAAAUGUAACCUUUGAGGAUCGAUAUUGGUAUCACAAUCGCAAAUUGAAUGUCUUUUCAAAAUUUUCUACUCAACUUGAGCAACUCUCUCUUUCUUGGUCUUUAGAGGUUAGUUGGUCGCUUAACUAUUUUAAUUAUAAUUAUGUGUCGAUAUCCAUUACUUAUGUAUUAAUUAAUGUCUCUUAA